UACACUGUCAGUGUGUCGUGGCGUCUGGUGGCGUCCCCACGUCCCUAAUACACGGCCUUGGUGGCGUCUAUCAAUUUUGCUUCGUAAUUUGGUGCUAUUUCACCAUAUGUUCUCGUUUGCUUGUUUAUGAAAGCCUGCCCUGGGAUUGUUCAUUAAUUGCAUAAGUUGGUCGUUUUGAAAGCAAUGCUGAACAACUCAAGACGUGGAGCACAAGUUAAAGGAAACAGACAAGCCGAUGUCUUGAAUGACACCAGCCUUCUUUUGGACUCGCUUCGAAAUGAGGUCAGCAUCCUGUCCCGGAAGCUGGGCAGUAAGACGGAGGCUCUGGCUAUCAUGGCCAAGGAGCUGGAGCAGUGCCGACAGGACCGAGACCAGUUCCGUGCGCUGCUGGAGCAGCUCCGUGGCAGUCACAAGGCGGCGGCGGGCAGCAGCUGGAGCGCGGUGGCCACCGACGCCGGCCUGCGCCACCAGCUGGCCCUCUCCCGGCAGCAGUGCGCCGAGCUGCAGCACACCGUCACCGAGCUCACCGUCAAAAUGGAGGAGGUCUGCGGAGACAUGAUGGUGCUGCGCCGUGACGCGGUGCGCCGCCGGUGUCCGGUGCGCGCCGACUCUGCAGAGUCCUCAGCGGAGAGCACCGAGGACAUGGUCCACAAGAUGGAGCAGCUCCAGGACCAGUGUGACCAGCUGCGCCGUGACCUGGAGCUGACGUUGGACGAAAAGGAGGAGCUGGUCACCCAGCGGGACGCGUACAAGGGCAAGACGCACCGGCUGAACCACCAGCUGCAGGUGGCGCUGCGCGCGCCGGCCGACAGCGCCCUCGACGUCGACUCGCUGGUCACAGAGAACAGGUACCUCCGGGAGCAGCUGUCGACGUCUCAGGACGAGCUGGAGCGGCUACAGAGGGUCUGCUCAAAGUACAAGUCGCUGCUCGAGGCUCGUAAGAAGAAGGGCAUUCUGCGUCCCGGCUCCUCCGACUCCUCGGCUCUCAUUGUCACGAAGCGCCAGGUGGCCGAGAUGCUGCGCUCGCAGGGCGACGGCCAGCUGUUGGACACGCCGGCCACGCUGUCGGACCUGCGCUCGCUGUGCGCCGCGCUGCUGGAGCAGCUGCAGGACAAGUGCACGGCGCUCACCCACCAGAGGAAGGCCAACAGGCUGCUGGCCGAGCAGUGUGCGGCGCUGAGGCAGCAGGCAGCCCGACACGGGCUCUCCAUCCAACCGUCAGCGGAUCUCAUGGCAGGAUACUCUGCUACACACAUAGACCGAGAGAGUGAACAGCUGCUGGCCGAUGAUGACCCGGAGGUCGCUCCCAACGGCGCGGACAGCGCCGCCAAUCCCCGGGCCGACGGCAGCGCUCCGCCAUCCCCGGCUCGGGCUGGAGCGGCCGCUGCUCCUCCGGCCACCAACGGCGCAGAGCGGCACAGUCCGCCGGACCGGCCGACCCAUCAGCCGCCGCACCAGUCUAGUCCGGGCCAGAGCGGCGACCGGCCGACCCGCCAGCCGCCGCACCAGAGUCCGGGCCAGAGCGGCGGCCGGUCCGCGGGCCCGGCGACCCCGGCACGCUCCCCGGGCCGGCCCCAGCGGCGGCCGCAGUACGAGGACGAUGAGGACGAGGAGAUCCUCUCCAUCCAGGAGCUGGACCGCUACGUGCGCUGUCUGCGGCGGCCGGCGCCGGCUGGUCCGGAGCGGGACGGCGGGGCGGCGGACUGCGCGCCCGCCAGCCCGGCGCGGUCCCAGGCGGACAGUGAGCCGGGCAGCCCGCGCGCACCGCCCGCUCCGGGCCAGGGCAGCCCGCGGCGGCCCGCGGCACAGCCGGCCGUCCAGGUGGUGGGCAGUCCGGUCCGCUCGGAGUCGCAGACGGCGCCGCCCGGCGAUACGGACUCCGGCGAGCUGCCCGCAGAACUGGAGCGGCUCUACAGACAGGCGCUGGACCAGCUGCGGGCCGGCGACCAGGCCACGUGACCGGCCGCCUGAUCCGGGCAGCGGACCACGUGACUGGUGUCCUGCACCGGCGACUAAAUGACAACACCGGCCCCGUGACUCGUCAACCAGACCACAUGACCUAACACCUGCAUUGGCGACCAGAUCACGUGACCGGUUGCCUGACCUGGUGAGGGGAGAACGUGGUCGGCUACCUGACUGUGACCACCGGCCGCCAAAUCCGGCGACUAGAUCACGUGACCGGCCGCCUUACCCGGUGUGUGAUUGACGUGACGGGAGCCGUCGUGCCUGUCCUGCAGGACGGGCCAGUGGCCCGGUCGAGCUGACAGAUCAGGCCCGCUGACAACCCGUGAACCAGCGGCUGGUCGUUUAGUGAGCCAAGAUCGCUGACCGUGGCACGCUGAUUGAGCUAUGACAGGUGGCGCAGUCAGUAUUCGUGGUACGGCGACCGAUCUGGGCGGGCGUUAUCGCUGGCGAAGUGGCUGCCUGUCGGGACUUCUGCAGUGCCAUAACCUUGUCAUGGCCGUAUCACGGCCGUGGCACUCGUGCCGUGACCGUGGUAUGUCACCGACUUGUCAGGAUAGACGAAACAUGCGUACUUUGGGAGUGAUACAGGAAACUUACGCAUUCCUUAAGGGUCUCCUUUCACGGUGAUCGCUUAUUAGGUGUAUUUAAAGCCCCAUGCUUAUUUAUUUACUUCGUUGUCUAGUCAUGUUCUGUGAUAGUUUUCUCUUCAGCGUUGUUUUCGUGUAUGAAUUUGAAUAUAUGAACCAUUCCUUUAUUAUCUACCAGCAUGAAAAAUGCCUGUUUGAAAGCUAAGUUAAACUAUCGGGAUUGAUUCGUCAAUUUCUGUUGUAAUCCAGUUUUGGCAUCACUGACCUCAAUGUAUCAACUGUGAACUGGCAGCUUUGACAAUUGACCUAUGUGCAUACCUACGUUACAGUGUUAGGCAGUUAUGCUACUUGUCAGUGUGUUAUACAUGCUUGCCAAAUCAA